AUGCCAUCCACAGCUUUUCGCUUCCCCGAAAAGUACACGCACCAGAACGGAUUCGGCUCUUAUCACGAAACCGAAGCUGUGAAAGGGGCUCUGCCUAUUGGGCAAAACUCGCCGCAGAAACCACCGCUGGGCCUCUAUGCAGAGAAGCUGUCAGGCACGGCUUUCACCGCGCCUCGCCAGCAGAAUCAGCAAACAUGGCUUUACAGGAUCCUCCCGUCAGCCGCCCACUCAUCCUUCGAGCCAGUGCCUGAAGAUGGCCGAGCCACGUCUGCAAGCCCGCAGAACAUGCAUCACAUCCCGAAUCAGAUGCGUUGGAACCCAUUCGACCUUGAUGAUUCGAGCGACUGGGCUACCGGGCUCCGGCACGUCGCUGGUGCAGGCGACCCGGCCAUGAAGAGCGGCAUCGGCAUCAUGAUCUUCGCUGCAGGCAAAGAUAUGGACCAGCACAGCGCGUUCAGCUCCGGCGACGGCGACUUCCUGAUCGUUCCCCAACACGGGGUCCUUGAUAUCCAAACCGAACUCGGCAGGUUGCUCGUUCGCCCGAACGAAAUUGUCGUUAUCCCCAGAGGAAUCCGCUACCGAGUCACCUUGCCCGAGGGCCCUGCAAGGGGCUAUAUCCUUGAGACCUACGAGCAACAUCACUUCGCCCUCCCGGAGCUUGGACCGAUCGGGUCCAACGGCCUCGCAAAUGCUCGAGACUUCCAGGCCCCUGUUGCUUCCUUCGACAUGGAUACGGACAGCGAGUGGAGGAUAUUGAUCAAGUACGCGAACAAGACAUAUCAGGCUCACCAGCGCCACACCCCCUUCGACGUGGUGGCUUGGCAUGGGCUGUAUUAUCCGUACAAAUAUGACCUAGGCCGGUUCAACGUCAUCGGCAGCACCAGCUUCGACCACCCAGAUCCAAGUAUUUACACUGUACUGACAGCACAAUCCGCGUUUUCGGGCACAGCCAUCGCAGACUUUGUCAUUUUCCCGCCUAGGUGGCUCGUGGCUGAAGACACAUUCCGCCCUCCCUGGUAUCACCGCAACACCAUGUCCGAGUUCAUGGGCCUCAUUUCUGGUGACUACGACGCCAAGACGGGCGGCGGGUUCAAGCCUGCUGGCGCGAGCCUGCACAAUGUGAUGGCCUCCCACGGGCCAGACGCGGAUACCCACGAGCGUGCAAGUAAUGCUGAGUUGAAGCCUACUAAGGUGGGAGAGGGCAGCAUGGCGUUUAUGUUUGAGAGUUCGCUCAUGGUGGGCGUGACUGACUGGGGUCUGGAGCAUUGCAAGAAGUUGCAGGCGGACUACAAUGCGCACAGCUGGGUGCCUUUGAAGCCACACUUCGUCUUACCGAAUGAGAAUGGAAAAUAG